GCACACUGUCAAACAGCUGUUUUCGGUGGUCAAAGACCCUAAAAGAUUAAAUACAAAAAAAAUUAAGUCUGCUCACUGUGCAAGUAUUCGAGGAGCGUGCUCAGUACCAAGGCAAAUACACCAAGAAAUCCCGGGCGAUAUGGAAUCGGAUACGCUGGAUAAGGAGAGCGCUGCGGCGGCCCUGAAAAAACUAUCGCAAAGUGAAAGUCCCGAAAGUGCGAAGAAAUGGGUGCCGAAUGUGGUCGAAGGGGAGGGGGAGGGGGUAGAGGCGCCGCCAACAAAGAGACAAAAGACUGCAGACGAAAAGGAGGAGAAUCAGGAGGAAGACGCCGAGAACGAGGACGGCGAAGAUUUGGACGAUGAAGCGGACGAUGAUGACGAGGAGGUUCCCCUUCUAGUUCCCGCCCGGGGAACUCCACAAAGUAUCGCCCAAAACAGUCCGAGGAAAUUCCAGCGCAUCCCCGUCUUUAUCGUCGACUAUCACAACGAUGUUCUGGAGUUCAUCUACCGCUGCCUGGCCACCCGCCACCUUCCCCUGGCGAACAACACCAUCGUCCACUUCGAUUCCCAUCCGGAUCUGGUCAUUCCCCGACAUAUAGCCGCCAGUGCGACGUACGAGAAGGAAACCAUGCUCAACGAGCUGACCAUCGAGAACUGGAUCAUGCCCACUCUAUAUGCAGGUCAUUUCAACCGAGUGGUCUGGCUGAAGAACUCGUGGUGCCAGCAGCUGCCCAAUGGCAGACACGACUUCAAAGUUGGCCAAAAGGAAGACCGCAUUGGAGUAGACUGCCCACUCGACUACUUCAUAGCCGAUGGCAACUACUGUACUACCGAGGAUCUCCAGGAUCGGAAGAGUGUAGAGCUGCAGGUCCACGAUGCAGACAACGAAAGCCUCAAUCCCAAUGACUUCUUAACGGAAAGCGACUCCAAGGGAUUUGUUUUGGAUAUAGACCUUGAUUUCUUCAGCACCUCCAACCCAUUCUUAGAGAUCUACAAGGAUGCUGAUUGCUACAAUCAGCUGAAGGAGAUCUUUCAUUUUGAAAGUGUGGAAAAGGUGAAAAAGUCUGGUACUGCUACUAUAGCCGAUUAUUUGGCCACAGCGGACAAGAGGCAGGCUCAAUUGGACGCCCUGAAGACGAUCUUCUGGCACUUGGAGGAGGAGCGCAAUUUCGAGGGACUGGACAAACCGGAUGAGACUGUGGUUACUCCCGAAGUCUAUGCUAGGAUUGUAAAACUUGCCGAGCAGCUGCAGGAAAAGUAUCCAGACGAUGAAAUCGACUGGCAUUUGAUAUUCGAUUCGGGUAGCACCACCGACAAUAAUGGCUUGCCCCAUCACAUAAGCACCUCCGAGGAAUUGGAGACGUACUUUGCAAACUUCAAGAGAUUUUUAGAACGACUACCAUUUCCUCCAGUGAUCAUUACGAUGGCCCAUUCUGCACAGGACGAUUAUUGUCCCCAGGAUCAGGUGGCAUUUAUCGAGGAACGCGUUUUGCGGCUGCUACGGGAGGUUUUUGGCGAUAGACUGCAUGAGAAACCUAUUCUGCACUAUAUGGACGAUCCUUGGGAUGUGAUGAAGCUCUAAGCUGAUAAAUAUCUAAGGGGUUUUCGCACCCGCCAUCUCGAAAUAGUUUUAGACUUUACAAAACUCGUUUGGGUGGAAAAACCUAUAAUUAGGAGAUCCCUGUAGCGAUUUCAAACUAGAACUCAAAGAUGAAAAAUCCAAUUACAAUUAUAACAAUAUUUUUUACUUUUAAAUAUACGCAACGUAUUUAUUACCAACACCUAAAAGACAUUUUA